AUGCCGGGUGGGGAGGACGCCCGCAAGGUCUCGCGCCAGGACAUACAGCUUGUCCAGAAUCUCAUUGAACGUUGCCUUCAGCUAUAUAUGAACCAGAAAGAAGUGGUGGACACCCUAUCUUUCCAGGCAAAAAUAGAACCUAGUUUCACUGAGCUUGUCUGGCAGAAACUCAAGGAAGAGAAUCGUGAUUUUUUUAAGGCAUACUAUGUGAGGCUGAUGCUUAUGAAUCAAAUAGUGGCCUUCAAUAAGCUCCUUGAGCAGCAGUAUCAGAUUAUGACUAAAGAUCAUCCUUCUGGGAUGCCUUCUAUGCCUCCUACUGCUCCUAAUGGCUCAAACUCUAACACAUUGAACCAAAACGUGCCCUUUCUGCCAGACACUAUCCCCAGUACUGCAAUGCAAGAUAACUUGUUGCGUAAUGGAGGUUCUAGUAGUAUAGUAAAUGGUGCUCCAUCCAAUGACCAAUUUAUCUAUGCUGGUAAAGUUGUUCAUGGCCUUCCUGGUGGCAUGGAUGCUUCAUCAAGCCUUCUAGCAGCACAUAAUUCGACUGUUGGGCAGUUUAAUGGACACAAUGGAACAACAAUAAAGACAGAGUCUGGCUACUCGAGCAACUCAGAUUUUGGAUUCGGCAAUGAGAACGUGUUCCUAGAGCAGUCAGUUGGAGAUGUAUCAGGUGGAUCCUUUAGCAGCUCUGAGUUGAAUGGACAACCGCUAGGCGAUCCAAUUUUGGACAUGGAUUCAUUUUCGUAUGGUUUCUUGAGCCAGAUUCCUCGUAAUUUCAGCUUUUCGGAUUUGACAGAGGAUUUCAGCCACAGCGCAGAAAUAUUAGAGAACUAUGGUCGAUCCCCUUUCAUCCCUUCCGAUGCAAAUAACUUCCCAGAGUCUACCACUGGAGAACAUACAGAAAUAGGAAAUAGGCGGCUAGAUACAAUAUCUGAGGGUGUUCAUUUUGAAGAUUUUGGAAGUGAUUAA